UUCCACACGUCUGACACAAGCGGGGCACUGUCGCAGCAUCGAGCAGAGCGCGAGGCACAGAGCAAUCGACCGAACCGAGCACGCGAAGCAGCUCGAGGUGUUGCGCGCAGCCAGGACGGAUGGGGAAAGGCCGGGCACCGUGCUGCGCCAAGGUCGGGUUGAACAAGGGCUCGUGGACUCCGGAGGAGGACAUGCGGCUCAUCGCGUACAUUCAGAAGUACGGCCACGCCAACUGGCGCGCCCUGCCCAAGCAAGCAGGUUUGCUGCGGUGCGGGAAGAGCUGCCGGCUGCGGUGGAUCAACUACCUCCGGCCGGACCUCAAGCGCGGCAACUUCACCGCCGAGGAGGAGGAGACCAUCAUAAAGCUGCACGGCUUGCUCGGCAACAAGUGGUCGAAGAUUGCGUCGUGCUUGCAGGGCAGGACGGACAACGAGAUCAAGAACGUCUGGAACACGCACUUGAAGAAGCGGGUGUCGCCGGGCGGGGAGGAGAACAACUCCGGCACCAAGAAGAAGAAGAAAGCCGCAGGCUCCGAGGUGCCGGUCCCCUCGCCGUCGCCGUCGUCAUCCUCGUCCACGACGACGACCAACUGCUCCAGCGGCGACUCCGUCGAGCAGCAGAGCAACACGAGCAAGGAGCCGGACGACCUGGACCUGGAAAAGAUCGAGAUCCCCAUGCUCGACGACCCAGGCUUCGACUUCGACAUACUGGUGGACCCCAUGCCGGAGCCUUACUGCCCGGUCGUGUCCGUGCCGGCGUCGCCCUGCGCCUCGUCCACGUCCCCGCCGGCGUGCGCCCGCGGCGGCGUGGACGAGGUGCUCGAGCUCCCGGAGAUCGACAUCGACCAGGAGCUGUGGAGCAUCAUCGACGGCGGCGGCGGCGGCGCCGGUUCGUUCGCCGCAACGCCGGCGCCGUGCCAGGGCAAUGCAACAGAGCCGAACGUCGCCAGCACGACCAGCCACGAGGAGGAGGGAAAGGAGUGGUGGUUGGAGAACCUGGAGAGGGAACUAGGCCUGUGGGGCCCCAUGGAGGACUACCACUACCAGUAUCCGAUGGGCCCACUGGGUCAGGUUGCUCACCCGGACCCACUUCCUGCCAUGGCGCAGGACCCAGUGUCGUGCUACUUCCAAGCGGGGCCCACUCCCACCACGAUCCAGGGACCCCAAUACUCUGUUGUUCUUACAAGUAACCAGAUGGAUCUAUGAGAUUAUUAUCCGUUUGUGGUUUUUUUUAGAUAGAAA